CAGAAAUCGUAAAAAUUGCCCUAGCAUCGAAAACUCUCUCUCUCACCUCCAUACUCACCGACGAACGCACAACCACCACCACAGCCAUGGCAACGCUGACCCAAAACCCUACCCAGCCAGCUAAGCUCCGGUGGGGAGAGCUCGAGGAGGACGACGGAGAGGACUUGGCCUUCCUCUUGCCGCCGCGCCAGGUGAUCGGACCCGACGAUAACGGGAUCAAGAAGGUGAUUGAGUACAAGUUCAACGACGAUGGCAACAAGGUCAAGAUCGUCACCACCACGCGCGUCCGGAAACUCGCCAAUGCCCGCCUCAGCAAGCGCGCCGUCGAGCGCCGCUCUUGGCCCAAGUUCGGCGACGCCGUCCACGAGGACGUCGGUAGCAGGCUCACCAUGGUCUCCACCGAAGAGAUCAUCCUUGAGCGGACUAGGGCUCCUGGUAGCAAAUCGGAAGAUUCGGAAGAGUCGAAGGCCAGAGAUGCCCUCAAUCAAAUUCAACAAGGUGCUACUCUCAUGCUGUGUAGAACUUGUGGUAAGAAGGGUGACCACUGGACUUCAAGGUGCCCAUACAAGGAUCUCGCCCCACCAUCUGAAGGAUUUGUUGAUAAGCCCGCUGCAUCAGAAGCUGCAGCUCCGGCUUCUGGCACAGGUAGUAAGGCAUAUGUUCCUCCUGGCAUGAGAGGAGGACCUGCAGCGGAGAGAGGUGGUACUGAUAUGAGAAGAAGGAAUGAUGAGAACUCGGUACGGGUCACCAACCUUUCAGAAGAUACACGGGAGCCUGACUUGCUUGAGCUUUUCCGACCUUUUGGUACUGUAACCCGUGUUUAUGUUGCCGUUGAUCAAAAGACUGGAAUGAGCAGAGGAUUCGGUUUUGUCAACUUUGCGAACAGGGACGAUGCUCAGAGAGCUAUCAACAAACUCAAUGGCUAUGGUUACGACAAUCUCAUCCUCCGAGUGGAAUGGGCCACUCCAAGAACAAAUUAGAAGACUCUGCCCAGGGUUUCUUUUUAAUGCUUAUCAGAUAUUUUUGCACUAGAUUUUGCUGGAUUUUGGUUCUUUUUUAUAUUUUGCUAAGAACGCUCAAGUCAAACGGAUGUUUACUCAAGAUUUUGUGACACUUUUGGUUAUUAGUUUUGUUUAUACUGUUACUUAAUAUGUGAACGUGUUUGCUGGUGUCAUAUUGAUCAAUUUAUUGACAUUGUGCUCGGCCGUUGAUACUGAAUCUGAACUAUGAUUGUAAAGAGUCUAAAGGGUAUUGGCCCUUUAUGUGAAUGCAGUAUAAAGACGAGCUGACAAGGAAUUUUUAGAA